AAAAUAAAAGCUUGUUAGGAAACUCGUGGCUUGCCGUAGAAAGCGCCUCCGUUUGGAACGCGGCGUUGCUACGUCGGCGGUCCCGCUUUGUUUACCAGAACCAGCAGAACAGAGUUCCUAUCGGACCGGUUCUGGUCCGGGUGCGACAUGACGCUAAAUCCAGCGAGGAAAAGCGGCGGGCUGUCUGCGGCCAACAGGACCGAACGGCAGCUCCUGCAGGAGCUGGUUUGUCUGAAGGCAGAUCUGGAGCGGGAGCGCGAGGAGAAGAAGCUCCUCCAGCUGCAGAGGGACCACAUGCUGGGCUGGAGGGGAACCGUGGAGGAGAAGCUGGAGGAAGCUGAAGCUAAGCUGAGAAACAUCUGCAAGGAGAAGCAGGAGGCGGAGGAGCGCCACCAAGUGGAGAUCUCUGUCUACAAGCAGAAGCUGAAGCAGAUCCUGUCACAUCAGCAGAACACCUCCCCCCACAACCCGCUCCAGAACCAGAACCUGCAGAGCAGAGGCGUGGAGAAGCGGCUCCAGGAGGCGCUGACGUUGAAUCACCAGGUGGAGCUGAUGGAGAGGAGCAAUGACUACAACCGCAGGCUGCGAGACGUGGAGGUCAGGUUUGAUCUGAAGAUGAAGUCGCUGAUGGAGGAGCAGGACAGGAGGCGGGCGGCGGCCCUGCGACGGCAGAAGAAGGAGGCGUGGAGCCACAUGGCGUCUCUGAUGGAGGAGCACAGCAGAGCGCUGCGAGGAGAAGAGGAGCUCCGCUCUGCUGCUCAGGAGGAGCUACAGGAGGCGCAGCAGCUGAUCAAGGAGCUUUCUGCCGCGCAGGAGAAGAACCAGGGGGUGCAGGAGGCGCAGCAGGAGCUGCAGAGGCGUCUGCAGGAGGAAGUGGCGGAUCUCCAUUCUAUGCUGAAGGAGGCGCAGGAGGAGCUCAGGGAUCUGAAGGAGGAGAACAAACUUCUGCUGCAGGGCUUCUGCAAGGUCCAGCAGGAGCGCGACCAGCUCCUCAGGAGGCAGGAGCAGAGCAUGGCAGACCUGCAGAGGAGGAGCACGCUGAAGAAGGAGCUGCUGGACAGGAAGCUGCUGGCUCUGAGCCGAUUCCUGGAGAGGAAGGAGGCGCAGCUCCUGGUGGCGCCGUCGCCUCCUGCUGACGACCUGCCAGUGAGCGGCGCCGAAGUCGGACUGAACGACUCUAGUUCUGGUGAAGAGCUGGAGGCUCCUUCCUGUAGCUCGCCACGGGCUGAAGGUGGAGCGCCGUGAUGGUCUCUGCGGUCCUAAGCUGAGAACGUCUGAUCUUCAGAACCGGACUCUGCUGGACCCAUCAGUGCGGUCCUGAUCCCUGACGGACAGAGUCUCCUGGAUCUCCUGCCAAGAGUGAGGGACCAACUGAGCAUGUGCAGAGAAUGGCUGUAGUGGAGCGUCCCACACAUUUAACGGAGACCAACGCACUUCUCCGUGUGACCAGCAGGCGGCACUGCAGCCUUUCCUGAAGGAAGACGUUCACUUUGAGGAACCGAAGGCCUCACAGGUUAGCAUGCAACACCAGCUCCAGCUACAACUAAUGACUCGUCUGUUUUGUCAUGAACUGAAAGAAUAAAUCAUUUUUUAAUAAACCCC